UGGUGCGGGCCGGGGGCGCUCCGGGUCUACCCCGGUUCGGACCGGGGGCUCCGGGGGGCCACGUCUACCCCGGUGUGGGUCUGGGGGCUCCGGGAUUCCGGGCGGCCAGGUCUACCCCGGUGCGGGCCGGGGGCUCCGGGGGGCCAGGUCUACCCCGGUGUGGGCCUGGGGCUCCGGGCGGCCAGGUCUACCCUGGUUCGGUCCGGAGGCUCCAGGCUACCCCGGUGUAGGUCGGAGGGCUCCGGAGGGCUCCGGGCGGCCACGUCUACCCCGCUGCGGGCCGGGGGCCCUCCGGGAGGUCAGGUCUACCCCGGUUCGGGCCGCAUCCUGCCCGGUGCGGAGCCAUGGAGCGGCUGCGGGAGGUGAGGGCAGCGCUCAAGAGGUGGGAGAAGGAGUUCGAGAGGGAGCAGAGCCGGAAACCGGGACAGGCCGACAUCCAAGCAGCUCCAGAGGAAACCAGGAGGCUUUACCGGGAAUACCGGAGCCUGAAGCAGCAGACGAUGGGAUCGGAUCCUUCCCAACCCGAGCCCUCCAACCAAUCAGCAUCCCAGGAGCAGGUGCCGGAUUCCGGCUCUUGGGGAUCCCACCUGAACCGGCAGCCCAAGACCCCACAGCUGAGCCCAUCCGUGCCCAGGACCUCAGUGCAAUCCUAUGGGAUGAAGCUGAAAUCCAAGCUGGGAGCCGCUGGGAAGGAGACCCCCUUGACCCCCCGGAGAAUCCCAGCUCCCGGGAAGAGCCCCCUUAUUCCCAAGCUCUGGAAAAGCCGCGAUGCGACCACAUUCCCGACUCCAACAGAGCAUUCCCAAUGGGAAGAAGCCAAAGGAGAAGAUCUCCUCCUCCCUGCUUCAGUGUCAGGGCUGGCUCCCGUUAUCCUGGCUGCAGGCUUGAAGCCAUCCCGAGCUUCCCAAGCUUCCCAAGGCAGGAAUAGAUCCCGGGCGCUGCAGGAAACACUGGGCUCCCUGGAUCCCGCCUGGAUCCGCAGAUGCCAAGGAGCAUCCAUAGAGGAUGGGAUGGAGCCGGGAAUGCCGCAGGAGGAAGGAGGUGGGGGGGAAUCCAGGGCGGAUUCCAAGAGGAAAAGGCCACGAGGAGAUGGGGAAUGGGAGGAUCCGGAAAAGCUCCAAGGAGAGGGAGAGGAAGAGGAUGGGAAGAGGAGGAAGAGGAAGAAGAGGAGCAAAGAGGAAGGGAAGGAAGAGCCCAAGGAGCUCCGGAAAGCGAUGGAGCCCUUGGAAAACCUCUUGGGAGAGGUGGAAGAGGAGGAGGAGAAGCCCAGAUCCAGGCGGAAAGUCCUCCCUGCCAGAGCAAUUCCCAAAAGGAAAGGGAAUUUUGUCCGGCUCAACCUUCGGAGCCGAUCCCAUGUCCGAAGCUUUGUCCUGCGUGGGAAUCGCCUCCGCAAGCAGAUGUGGAAGCAGAAGUGGCAGAAGAAAUCGGGAUGGUUUGGAGGAGGUGGAUCCAUGCGGAAUUCCGACGUCUGCUUCCGUUGCGGUGGGACAGGACACUGGGCAUCGGAGUGCCGAGGAGCUUCCAGGGAAGCAGAGCAGAGGGAUCCUGCUCCCAAGGAAGAGGAGGAGGAAGAGGAGGAAGCUCCAUUGCCCACCCUGGAGGAGGUCGCUCGCCGGACCAACAGCUUCUGCCCGGAGCUCUCCGGCAGCCACAUGGCCGGAUCCAAUGGGAUUUGGGAAGCAAGCACAUCCCGGGAUGCUUGGAAGCCAGUGUACGAGGCUCCGGCUGCACCGGCCCCUAUGGAGCCUCUCUACAGCCUCAGAGCGGAUGGGAAGGUGCAAGAGACCCCAAAGGAAGUGAUGGAUGCUCUGAAGGCUUUUGGAUACAGCUCCUUCCGUCCCGGCCAGGAGGUGGCCAUCAUGAGGAUCCUCUCUGGUCUUUCCACCUUGGUGGUGUUAUCCACAGGGAUGGGGAAGUCCCUUUGCUACCAGCUCCCUGCUUACCUCUACCACCAGCGCUCCAAGUGCAUCACCUUGGUCAUCUCCCCACUGGUGUCCCUUAUGGAUGAUCAGAUCUCGGGACUUCCACGCUGCCUAAAAGCCGUCUGCAUCCACUCCAACAUGCCCAAAUCCCAACGGGAAGCAGUGAUGGAGAAGGUACUACAGGGCAAGGUGCACAUCCUGCUGCUAUCCCCGGAAGCUGUGGUGGGAGGAAGCGGAUCCGGAGGGGGAUUCCUGCCCUCUGCCGACCGCCUGCCCCCGGUGGCCUUCGUCUGCAUCGAUGAAGCCCAUUGCUUAUCCCAAUGGUCCCACAACUUCCGUCCCUGCUACCUGCGGCUCUGCAAGGUUCUCCGGGAUCGCCUGGGAAUCCGCUGUUUCCUAGGGCUGACGGCCACGGCCACCUUGGCCACGGCACGGGAUGUGCUCCAGCAUCUGGGAAUACCGGCGGAGGAAGGGAUAACAGUGCAUUCGGCUGCUGUGCCAUCGAACCUGCUGCUCUCCGUCUCCAUGGACAGGGAUAGGGAUGAGGCCCUGAUCUCCUUGCUCCAAGGGGAACGUUUUGGCUCCCUGGAUUCCAUCAUUGUCUAUUGCACGCGGCGCGAGGAGACGACGCGCAUCGCGGCCCUCAUCCGGACCUGCCUCCAAGGAAUUCCGCUCCGGGAAAAGCCCGGAGCUCGGGAUCACCAGCAGGAGCCUGUCCAAGGCAGGAAAGCCAAGGCCAAGAGGAGCAUCCAUGACCGCUUCCCAAUGGCAUUGGCCGAUUCCUACCACGCCGGCCUCUCCGGUGCCGAGCGCCGGCGCGUCCAGAGCGGCUUCAUGAGCGGCCGCAUCCGGGUGGUGGUGGCCACGGUGGCCUUUGGAAUGGGGCUGGAUAAGGCGGACGUGCAGGGAGUGAUCCAUUACAACAUGCCCAAGAGCUUGGAAUGCUACGUGCAGGAGAUCGGACGUGCCGGCCGGGAUGGAGCUGCUGCACAUUGUCACCUCUUCCUGGAUCCUGAGGGUGGGGACCUCCCUGAGCUUCGCCGUCACAUCUAUGGGGACUCUGUGGACUUCCUGGCCAUCAAGAGGUUGGUGCUGGAGGCCUUCGGGCCCUGCAAGUGCCGGGAGCUGCACCGGAAUCACCGGGAGGUCACCAAGGCAGAUGAGCUGGAAGAUGCCGAGCUCCUGCAGGAAGCAGUGGGAGAGGAGGAGCUGGGGUCCGAACUGAGCAGACCCCGGAUUUGCCACAUGCACGAGCGAGCCAUCCCCAUCCAUCCAACCGUGGAGGCCCUGGACCUGCGGGAGGAAGCUAUCGAGACCCUGCUGUGCUACCUGGAGCUGCACCCGCGGCGCUGGUUGGAGCUGCUGCCUCCCACAUACUCCCUGUGCCGGCUCCGGUGCUAUGGAGGAGCCCGGCAGCUCCGGGAUGUGGCACGGAGCUCCCCUCCCGUCGCCGUGGUCCUGGCUCGGGAGCGCCUGGCAGGCAGGGAUCCCGUUCCCGGCAGCUCCAUAGAGUUCAAUGUGGUCUCCUUGAGCGACUCCAUGGGCUGGGAGGUGCCGCUGGUGAAACGAGCCCUGCGCCAGCUCCAGUGGGACCAGCGCCUGCGGACAGACAGACGCAGGGAUGGGAACAGUGGGGUCCUGGUGGAGUUCGGGGACUUCUCCUUCCACUUCCGAGCCUAUGGUGACCUCAGUGGCCAGGAGCUGGACUCGGUCUGUGACUUCCUCCACCAGAGAGCAGUGGCCCAGGAGAGGGCAGCCCUGGGGCAGCUCCGAGCCUGCUUCAGGGCAUUCCGGAGCGUUGCCUUCCAGACCCACGGCCCUCACGCUGCGGAUGAGGAAGAGGAGAGGAGCUCCCGGCUGAAGGCUCUGCUCAGUGACUACUUUGGCAAGGAGCGCGUUGAGCCUGGCUCCGAGGAGGAGGAGGAUGAAGGUCUCCAUGGAGCCAACCUGCGGGAUUGGGAGAGCCGGAUCCGCGCCGACAUCCGGCACUUCCUGGACAUCCGCAAGGAUGAGAAGUUCACCGGCAGAGCCGUGGCCAGGAUCUUCCAUGGCAUCGGAAGUCCGUGUUUCCCUGCCCAGGUCUAUGGGCGCGAUCGGCGCUUCUGGAGGACCUAUCUCCAUGUGGAUUUCCAUCAGCUCAUCCGCAUGGCCACCGAGGAGAUCCUGGCCACCAGGUGAUGGAUCCUGGCUACCAGAUCACCGGAUACUGGGAAUGA